AUGUUGCCGAGUGCCGUCCACAAUAUAAGCCUCGUCUACGCCCUUGUGUGGGCCAUUGACCAUCACUAUGGAAAGUCGACUAGUACGGCCCUGUCCCUCGUCCAGUUUGCCACCAGCUAUGCCAGCCGGGACUACCACAACGAUCUGAUUGACGCGACCCUGUGUCGAGCAUCGACCGCGGCUAAAAUUCAGUUUCUCCUCGAGGAUGAGCGCAUGGACAUGACGGAGAACACAGAUGAGUUGCCACCGCCCAGUGGGGUGAUGGGACGACCGUGUGCCAUUUGGUUUUUGGACAGCCUGCGUGCGUACAUCCGACUCGAGCGGUAUCUACUCCAGCAGGGCAGCACCUACAAGCGAAACGGCUUCUUCAUAAUUGUCUAUACGGGCAGAGAGAUGGAGCCCGUGGAGAUAAUCAAGAUCAUGUUCAGGCGCCUCCUCAACAUCUAUGUGCUCAAUGUGAAUGUGUUUUUUAGUAGGAGCGGCACUGUCCAGCUGUACACCUACUAUCCCUACGGACCACACCGAUGCCAGUCGUCGUUGCCCGUCUAUUAUGGCUCCUUUCAGGGCAUGCCCUCCAGUGCGGAGUUUGGACUCGGGAAGCAGCUCUUUCCCAGAAAACUGACGAACUUGCAUGGCUGUGAGCUGAUCACAGCGACCUUUGAGCACCGGCCCUAUGUGAUAAUCGAUGACGACGCCGAUUCUCCCAACGGGCGGCGUCUGCACGGCAUCGAGGGAAUGAUCUUUAAUUCGAUUGCAGAGCGCAUGAACUUCACAAUCAAACUGAUGGAGCGUCAGGACAAGGAUCGGGGCCAGAUUCUGCCCAAUGGCAGCUUUACGGGCAUUCUCAAAAUGAUGUUGGAAGGCGACGCCAACAUCACAUUCGUGUGCUUCAUGUACAGCAAGGAACGAGCCAAUGUGAUGCUCCCGAGCGUCUCCUAUACGAACUUUCCAAUUGUUCUGGUCAUACCUGGUGGGGCGUCAAUGUCGCCGCUGGAGCGGCUGAUGAAGCCAUUCCGUUACAUCAUCUGGUCCUGUCUGAUCGUGAGUGUGCUGGUUGGCCUCACCCUGAUUGCCGUCCUCCAGAUGAUGCCAGUGCCAGCGCUGCGCGAUCUGGUCCUCGGUAGAAGCAAUCGAUUGCCCUGCCUGGGCCUGUGGUACACCCUCCUAGGCGGCUUGGCCCUGCGCACGCCGCGACGAAACUUUUCACGCUACCUCCUGGUCAUGUGGCUGCUCCAGACACUGGUACUGCGGGCCGCCUAUACGGGCCAGCUGUACCUCCUCCUGCAGGAUGCUCAGGUGCGCACACCACUGCAGACGCUGGCCGAGGUGGUGGCCAAGGGAUAUGAGUUUUGCAUGCUACCGGCCUUGAAGGGAGUCUUCCGCGACUCACUGCUCGGCACAAAAAUCCGCCUGGUGACGAACCACCAGGCCUCGCUCCGUCGACUGCGCGACGAGGAUGAUCCAGGCAUAGCGGUGCCGCUGCUGCUGCCGACGGUCUAUGAGUUUGACUAUCAAUCAGGGCGGACCCAACGGCAUCUAACCGUGCUGCCCGAUGCCCUCAUGACUGCUCCACUGACCUUCUACAUGCGUCCGCAUUCGUAUCUGAAGAGUCGCAUUGAUCGCCUGCUAAUGGCCAUGAUGUCGUCGGGGAUUACCUACCACUAUCGGCGCAUGUAUCUCGAUCGCAUCGAGCGAUUGGCCAAGCAGCGCAACCUGGAGCCCCAGCCCCUGACCAUUAUGCGGUUGGGUGGCGUCUUUGUCUGUUUCUUGGCCCUCCAGCUGCUGGCUGGCAUAGUCUUUGUCUUGGAGCGUCUAGCUCUGAGGCAUCCGCGUUUCCGCAGAGUCCUGGAUGUGGCCAAUCGCUAUAUAGCCUGA